AUGAAACGCUCUUUUCCUUGCGUGCCUUCGGAGCUUGACUCCUCUGUCCCGACGCGCUUCUCUUUUCCUCAAUUGCUCCUCGUCAUCUGCUAUGCUCUGAUUCGCUCGACUUUGCCCCGCCAAUCUGGGGAAUAUCGGCAGAUUCAAGAUAUUCUUCGUCGCGGUGACACCGAAUGGGAGCCGCGCGUUGGCUCUGAGGGCGGCCUAGAACUGCAAGAACAAGACUGGCAUCGAACGAAGCCGGAGACCCGUCGAAUCUGGCACAAAAUUCACGAACAGCUAGCCCAGCAGGAGUCCAGUUUUAGUAAAGUGUCUACUGAGCACCUGCGCAGUGAACUUCUUCAUCGAAUUGAGCAGAUUUCUGCACAGUGCCUGAAUAUUCUCGAUCGACCACCGCCACGUUUACACUCGCCGGACAUUCUUCUUGGUGGCAAAGCAAGACUCAUCCUUCUUGGGUUUAGUCUUGCGGUGACACCAUUUAUCUGUGGCAUUGAAUCCUUUGCGUCUAAACUAUGGGAUCCAGAUCAGGACACCCUUGGGGUGAUGCUCUCUCAAUUGAACGAAUCGCCUCUAUUUCCAAAUAUCCUCUCUGGUCGUGAUUUGGUAGCCGCUCUUAAUUCUUUGGAAUUGAUUUUUUCCAACGAGCAAGCAAUGUCAUUCACGAAGAUUGAGGUGGUCAGAUAUGAGACAAUUGAAUGGAGUCAUGGGAUGUUCGAGGUUGAGGACGGUUUUCAGACCACACGGACAGAUGAUUUUCAAAUGAGAUGGCGCAGAGAAACUUUGAGCAGUAGACGCUCGGCUUAUUCAAGGCGUCGGAAGCACGGCUCACCAGAGCCAAAGAGGGUUAAGCAUCAUUAA